CGUGCCGAAAACCGGCGCCAAUUUCCAUUCAAACAGUUUAAAACAAUGUUAAACCAAUAAUUACGGGCGUUUUUGCCUCAUUUGUGCCACAUUAGCACAAAAUUUCCGCUCCCUAAUUGCCUAUUGUUGCAAUUAGGAAAAUUAUGUACGAAUUACAAGGUUUUCAACUUUUCGACACUACAAAUACUUUUCACUAACUCAUUUUUAAUAAUAGUUUUCGACUUGAUUCCGUAGAAUAAUGAGUGCGAUUUUACUUGUGGUGCUUGUUUUUGGCUCAACUUUUGCCAAAACUUUGCCGCCCGAAAUUAUCAAAUGUCGCAAAUCGGAUCCUAAUUUAAACCAGUGUUUGGAUAAAUAUGUUAUGGAAGAUGUGCGUAAGUUGGCCAUGGGGAACAGGGAUUUGGGGAUUAGUCAGUUGGAGCCACUGCUUAUACCGGAGGUGACCUUGGGCCAAGCGUCCAAGGACACGCUCCAGCAAGUUUACAAAAAUGUGAAAAUUCACGGCAUCACCUCGGCUACGAUCAAAAAUUCGAAGGUUAAUUUUACGCAAGGGAGUUGUUAUUGGAGCUACGAUAGCUUGACUCCCGUCGUGCGUAUGGAAGCCGAUUACAAAAUCAACGGAAAGUUGCUCAUUUUCACACUAAACGGUGAAGGGAAGUGUAAUAACACGUUCUGGGAUGUUGAAGGCGCCAAUCACUUCAAAUGUGAAAGGUACACCAAAAAAGGCAAGACUCACUUGAGAAUGACCGAGCACGUGUUUAAAUUCAACCCGAAAAAAGUGAUUUUUUCCUAUGAUAACAUAAUCAACGGUAACGAACAGCUGAGCCAACAAAUCAUGAAAACAAUCAACGAAAAUUCCCUAACUGUUUAUGCCGACUUUGGCGCCGCCAUUGAGCAAGUGAUGGCAACAGUGUGGUCGCAGAAUAUUAACGAAGUGUUUGCGAGGGUUCCCGAAGAAGAAUUAUUUUUACCAUAGUCAAUAGAAAUAUUUUAUUUAAACUAGUGAUAUGACAGUCAACUUAUUUUUUGUUCAAUACAAAUCAAUAAUUACGAA